CUCUGCUCCGGCUCUGCGCUGCGGCCGUGUGGGCUGUGCUGUUUGCGGCGUUCUCUCGGCUGUGUCCCCGAGGGCAGCCCAGCCUGGCCAGCUGCCUCAGCCCGCAGCCGUUAGCUGCUCGGGGCUGGAGCGAGGCUGCGUUGCCGCAGAGAUCCAUCCCCUUCUAGAAUGUUCUCCUGCUGGUGGUAGGGAUGGAACUGGGAAGUUCCAUCCUGAGAUUUCUGAAGGUAAAAGAACAGUAUGUAAAAGCAUUUCUGCAAAAAGGUCUUGCUGUGAUGGUGGUUUUGCAUGCCCUGCUCAGCACUGUUUUCAGAAAUAUGCUGUGUGGAAGAGUGAUAAGGGCUGGUGGCCUGGAGGGGCUUCAUCCUUACCUGUGAGCGAGCUUGUGAAGGACUGAGAUAGACUGGCCCCUGUCCAUUCAGCCCUCACGUACAGAAAAUACCAAAUUCUGCCAAGAUGUACAGGGUAUUUUGCUUCAUGUGUGAAGAGAAGAGCGCUGCCUGGAGGAUUCUCAUGUCAGUGCCAGUAAAAGCAGAAGCCAGAGAAGCUUGCUUGACCACACUGCCCAGCUGUAAUGAAUGAAUGGAUAACAUCUGAUUGUUAAACAGGGCCACAUUUCCAAAUGGAUCUCCGAAGGGCAUGAUGGAGUAGCCAGCAUGGAUUUCCUGCAAUUACUAGACUAUGCUCUACAGAGCAUAAGUGGUUCCUGAAAUACAUAUCCAUUCAAGAUGUGGAUUCUGGAUAUUGUUUUCAGACUAUUCAUAUGUUCACAAGACCAACUUGGAGCCCCUAAGUAGAUUCUGCACACAUCAAAUUAAAUUUAAGCUUCAAGAGCUAUUUGCUCAGGAUUCUUGUAUCUACCUUCACAUUGGACCAAACCCUGCUUUUGAGAUGCACGCGCUGAAACAUGGAUAUGAAAUAUCUGCAAACUGGGGGGAAGAAAAUUAAAUAAAGCACUUAAAAGAUGUACCAUAUGACCUGUUCUUUACAUCUGGCACAUCUCACACUUCACAGUUGAGAGGACGUGGAAAGACUAAAACUCUUCAUUGCCUCGGUGCAAAGCAUGGACAACUGCAGCCUGAACCACCACAGGCACUACUAGAGAAGGUCUAAGCUCAGAAGAAAACAACCUGUGUGCUGGUGAUGUACAUCUCUGUAUAAGCACCUUCGGAAGAAGUCUAUUUGUGAUUUGAGGACAGACUGCCAUUUUAAACUAAGUUAUGCCGAAGAUCUAACACCAUAGUCCACAAUAUGAAGCUUCUGAAAUGUGGAGGAUGUGACAGCAGAAGAUCUCUGAUCCAUCACCAAAUUAUUUGCUAAACUUCAACUUCAAUCAACAGAAGCAAGCAAAAUUCAUAAGAAGUUCCUUUGUAGGAAAGCCCAAACUCACCAAUAGCAAAUGAAAGUCUUCUGAGGAAAAAGUCCUGAAGAAAACGGUACUACAGCUAAAUUACAUGCUGGAUGAGCUUUGGCACUGAAUCUCACAAAGUUUAUGAAAUUACUGCACGCAGCUUCACAAGGAGUCGUGAAAAGUGAAGAAGGACCUGGUACUAAUUCACACCACACUGUGCUACACAGUGCUCCUGGCUGCAUCGCACCUGUUGAUGUUUGUGUGCCAAGGUACAUUACGCCAACUGCAAUGGCAAGGAAGGUACGGCUGCAACUAAGCCUGCAAACAGGACAGCUGCAUCUCAGGGAGCACUGCUCUCCAGCACCAGGCCAGGAACCCACUUCGACUGCAGGAGCGAAAGUAGAGGAGGUGUACGUGUUUGAAAGCUUUGCAUGUUGGUCCCUGCAGCCCAUCAGUCGCUCCGUGCUGCACACAGAGGAGGGGAAACAGCUGUGGGCCGGUGUACUUUGGACAGUGCCGCAGCAGGGAUCGUCUUGAUCGAUGCAUACUACCAUGAGGAGGAGACACAGACGUGUGAAGUGACACAUCCCUUAGCAACUGCAGUGACACACAAACUGAAGAACAGAAGUUGCAGGCAAAGGCCAACGACUCUUGCUGCCAGGAGGAACGCAGCCCCAGUGAUCACUUCUGCGACAAAAGAGAUCCAGACCAGUGCCAGAGACCAGCCAAACCUGAUGUCGAUUUCUACCAGGACAUCCUUACUCCUCAGGAGGCAGACGGCUUCUUCAAAGGCAGCAGCUGAAUAUGCAAUGUAGACACCAAUCCCGGUUGGAGACCUCCAUACACAGCCCAGUAUCUCAUCAGGGCACGGUGGAGCUUAUGUGACUGCAGCUUGUCCGAGGCCUCAGACGCUGCGCCAUGAGAUUGUGCUGAGCAGAGCAGUUCCAUGGCGGCUGUGCUUCACAGCGGGCUGCCUGGUGACGGCAGCUGUCCCCAUAGGUGUGCCUCUCACUGACGAACCAUGGGAGAUGUCACAGAGAAGGAGAUGGAUAACCUCACGUUCAAAAGUGACACCGUCCUUUCUGAUGUGCACUUGCACCGUCCCAACAAAAGUCGUCUCAUGGUACGACUGAAUGCAGUUGGACAGCCAGUAUUCCUGUCGUAUUUCAAACUCCUUUGGAACACAGAUGAUCAGGCCUCUGAGAAAAAUGCAAGAGAAACUACAGCUGAAAGAGAACACCAGUACAGAAGUGGAGAUGAACUACCUAACAAGGAUGGGAGUAAUCUGAAAUAUAAAAUGGAAUGGAAUACUGAAGGAACAGAAGCUCUGCUAGAUGAGGACGGAGAUUUGGAAGUGGUCAGAAGGCCUCAAAGUGCCAGUGACUCAGAGGCAGAGGAUCUUAUGAGGGAUAGAGUAUAUCCUGUAAUUCUGAUGAGAGGAAAAGAGGAUGCUUUUGAAGAUGAAGAACAAGAAUGCACUUGCAGCAAUGUUAUUAAAAUAGAGCAUACUAUGGCAACCCCCUUAGAAGAUGUUGGUAAACAAGUCUGGCGUGCAGCCUUUCUUCUUGCUGAUUAUAUUCUGUUUAAACGGGACAUGUUCAGGAGUUGCACAGUGCUGGAGCUUGGAGGUGGCACUGGAAUUGCAAGCAUUAUCAUGGGAACAGUUGCCAACAGAGUUUAUUGCACAGAUGUUGGUGAAGAUCUUUUGGCCAUGUGUGAACAAAAUGUUGCAUUAAACAAACACCUGAUGGAGCCAGGAGGAGGAGAAAUUAAAGUAAAAGAACUGGACUGGCUGAAAGAUGAAUUCUGCACUGAUCCAGAAGCUCUCUAUAGCUGGUCUGAAGAAGAGAUUGCAGAUUUGCAUGACUACUGUACUGUGAUAAUGGCAGCUGAUGUGUUCUACGAUGAUGAUCUGACGGAUGCCUUAUUCAGAACGCUGUAUAGAAUCACACAUAACUUGAAACAUUCUUGCACAGUUUUCCUAGCCAUAGAAAAGAGACUGAAUUUCACUUUAAGGCAGAUGGAUGUUACAUGUGAAGCCUACAGUCAUUUUAGAAGUACUCUAAAUGAUUUGGAGAACCUUCAUGAUGGAAAAAUGAAAUACAGUGUGGAGCCUGUUAAGCCUGAUUUCUGCCAGUUUCUCAUUUAUGAACGGAUUGAGCAGUUGGAAUUGUGGAAGAUCAUUGCUGAUCAGCUAACGUGACAGGGACAUGAGAACACAGAAGAUCUUAAUCUAAAUAUAAUGUUUUUGGGGGGAUGUUUUAUUGAAACAUUUCCUGUUGGAACUGAGUUCUCAGAAAGUAAUUCCCUGCAGAUUUGCCUUACCUCAGCAAGUCUUGUUUUUUUGGCUCUUAGAAUGUGGUUUCUUUGCUUCUGUUACGAAACUGGUUAAUGUUGAUCUUCAGAGGACAUGCUGGCUGAGAAGCUGUGGCAGUGACGCAGUAGUGCACAUUCUCUGGGACUGAUGACUUGGGCUUUAGUUUCUAACAAAGAGGUAUUUCACCUUGAACUGUGUGGCUGAUUUGCAGGUGUCACGCAUGUUACUUUUAAGUUUUCUGAACUUGGAUACAGAUCUCAGUCUUACCAGAGUUGCACGUUAUUUGUAUUUAUGGACAACUGUGAAACAAUCUAUGGGGCAAGACCUGUUUGUCAUUCAUGGACUUCUAUUUAAGCAAAUCUGUUUAUGAAACCUAGCUCUUCAUCUUGGGUUUCUCUUAUCUGAAUCAUUCUAGCUUAGGGAAACUGUCUCAAUGGAAAGGAGGCAAGCUGCAUAUAGUUUGAGCCUCUUCAGAUGUUCUACAGAAGUCUUAGAACUGUAAUGUCCUGGGGGCAUUCUAAGCUAUUCAGUGCUUGUGAGGUUGAGGAUGGGAAGUGGAAGUGACGUACUCCUCCCUCUUCAAAUGUUGGAGUUCUCAGUGUGUACAUGUGAGGCUGGGAAGAAGGUGGCCCAGAAUGUCUUGCCCCUGCAAAUGGGGCUUUCAGUGCCUUACUUGGUGGAUUAACCUAUAACAUAUUUAUCAAUUUUCUUCUGUGUUGUUAAUGAAACCAAAAAUCGUAGUGUUUACACUCAUUACAGAUUCUGUGUGUACUGUAGUAUCUAUGUUUAUAUCACUUGCCAUAUGUGCACUGUCACUUACAUUCUUGUGCCUGUUGGAUUCCUUAGCAUUGUGAGAAUGUCAUGAUAAAACUGUUCCAGCCUGUGACACGUGGGAGUGUGUACAUCACAUUAGAAGCAUCUGGUCGUCUUUGUGAAAGUCUGUUUUAGUUUUUUUUAAAGCAAAUUUGCUUUAGUUUGGUCCUUUUAGGUCAAUUAUUUCAUACUGCGUGAGCAUUCAGGUAUAUUUUGCAUGAAGAUACGUUUUUCUCUAUUUUUUCUGUUGCUUAAUGAGAUGAAAGGUCAUUAGAGAAAGAUGAUGGCUUUUUCCUGCGAGUAAAACCAAAGUAAAAAUUACAUGAUGUUGGUAUA